GCAGAGCUUUUUAGGUUGGUAAGACGGAACCCGGAGUCGCGCUUUCCCCUCGAGACCUCUGCAAAAGUCAUAUUGCACCCAAGAAAGAUAAAAAGCAAAAAUUAGAAAUUUCUAAGAGAAGAAUUCACUCAUCUUCCACUCUCUUUCUCUCUCUCUGCGCUGUGAUUCUCUUUUUGGUGGAUUCCUCGCAGCAAAGGAGGUUCGAUUUUAGUGGGGAGAUUUAGAGCAACUCUGCGGGACACUGAAGCGAAAGCAGACAAGUAAAAGCUCUUCAAUACAAAGUCUCUUCUGCUUUGGCAUGGAUCAGCAGGGGAAUGGGCAGACCCCGGCGAUAGGGGUUGUCAGCAGCACUGCUCAGAUGUCAUAUGGUUUGAGCCCAUAUCAACCCAAUCAAAUGGCAGGUGGGGCUCCUCCUGGAUCUGCCGGACAAAUGCAACCUCCUCAGCCUGCUCCUUCAGCUCAACUAGCACAGCAUCAGCUUGCAUAUCAGCACAUCCACCAGCAACAGCAGCAACAACUGCAGCAGCAGCUUCAGAACUUCUGGGCCAAUCAGUAUCAAGAAAUUGAGCAGACCACUGACUUCAAGAACCACAGCCUGCCGUUAGCGCGAAUCAAGAAGAUCAUGAAAGCCGAUGAGGAUGUGAGGAUGAUAUCUGCUGAAGCUCCAGUCAUAUUUGCCAGGGCUUGCGAGAUGUUCAUUCUGGAGCUGACUCUCCGAUCCUGGAACCACACGGAGGAGAACAAGAGGAGGACCCUCCAGAAGAAUGACAUUGCGGCGGCGAUCACGAGGACCGAUAUUUUCGAUUUCUUGGUCGAUAUCGUGCCCAGAGAGGAUUUGAGAGACGAAGUGCUUGCCUCGAUCCCGAGGGGAGGGGCUCUUCCUGUGGGUGCACCGGCUGAAGGCGUUCCUUACUACUACAUGCCAUCUCAGCAUGGUCCACAAAUGGGUGUUCCUGGAGUUAUUGCUAGUAGGCCUGUGACGGAUCAGUCUAUGUACAGCCAACAGCCUCACCCUUACAUGGCUCCUCAGAUGUGGCCGCAGCAACAACCGCAGCAACAGCAGCCGCCUGCAGAUUCUUGAGCAAGGAUGUGGGCUUGUUUGGGGGUCGAUCGUCAGGUUGAAGGUUGAAACUUUUUGAGCUUCUUGUGUUGCAUAAGGGUGAUGGAGGUGGAUCUGAGUGGCCUGGCUGCUGCGUGUAUAUUAUUGCCCUUUCAUUAGCUUAUUUUUUUGCUUUGGUUGUAGUAGUAUGUGUACAUUUAAUGUAACUUAGUUUGCCGAAUCCCUUGCCGAUGACAUAUAAUCCUUCAUGCUUCUUUCCAUCUGCAAAAUCUUGACUUGGUUUUGGCUGAUUGAUUUGCUUUGGCAUUUGGCCUUCGUAA